AUGAAGGCGGCGGCGGAGGCCGGGGCCGGGCCGGGGCUGUUGCUCGGGACCGGCUCCGUGUCGCUGGUGGUGAGCAGCAGCCUGAAUGCCUUCCGCACCCACAAGCGCUACAGCACCGGCCUCACCGUCGCCGAGUUCAAGGGAACCACGCCCCACCGGGAUCUCCUCUUCCUCACCGGGACUGGGGGACCUCCCCUCCCCGUGACUGGGGACAUCCCCGUUCCCCCUUCGCCGGAGUCCCUUCGGUCCUUCCUCCGCCAGCGGCGUUGGGGACGUUACGACACCGAGGGGACGCAGCGCCGGGCGGAUGAGCAGCAGCAACGCUGGGCCCAGGAAGCGGCGCUGGCGGCCGCCCUCCCCCUUGGUGCCCGUUGCCAAGUCCGGCUACCGGGACAACCCUCCAAACUUGCCACCAUCAUGUAUGUGGGCCAAACCGACUUCAAGCCAGGCUACUGGGUGGGCGUCCGCUACGACGAGCCACUGGGCAAGCACGACGGCAGUGUGGGCGGCCGCCGUUAUUUCGAGUGCCAGCCCAAAUACGGCGCCUUCGUCAAACCCCAGAGUGUCACCCCCGGGGACUUCCCCGAGGAGGACAACGGCCUCGAGGACGAGCUGUGAGAGGACACUGAC